ACACAAUCGCCAUCAUUCUAAUAUUGCUAAUGAUGCCACAUCAUUCCUCACAUUAAUCCCCACACUCCCCUAACUACACUUUACAAAAGGAGACAUGAUAUAUAGAGUACUCCACCUCCUCAUUCCUCUUCCCUUGUAGCCAAAGUCUCCUUCAAUUAUAACCAUCUCACACAUAUAUAGUACAUGCAUGCACCACAUAGUUCUCUCUACUAGUAGUUCUAGUUAAGCUACAAACAAUGAGCUCGGCGUGUAAAUCCGCAGAGGCGCGGCCGCCCGUGCGCGCGACGUACGUCAACCUCUACAAGUGGCCUGAGUCCGACGCCGAGUUCGUGAAAUCGAUCGCGGGGAAACGAAGCAGCAGCGGUAGCGGUUACGGGAAUAACUAUCAUGUCAACAAUUACGUCGAUUGUAGGAGGAGAAAAUUUGGACCGAGCACGAACGUUGUUGUGGAUAGCUACUCUUGUAGACAAAUGUAUCUGAGGAGCUACAAAUUCUCUAAGAAGGAGUCCGUACCGGAGAAAACUAUGCGGUGCAUCGCACAGGUGAAAGAGAAGGCCAUGGUUUUGCCGUUUCUCUCGCCCAGGAACGAGAAAGGUGGUGCGGCUGUUAGGGACGAAAGUGCAAAUAGUAAAAGAAAGAGGAGCGAGAUGAAAAAGAAGAUAAGCAAGAAAGGGUGUUCCGCGAAUUUGAGGAAGUUGGGAGUGGCGUCGUGCAAAGUUGCUCGUUCGAUCCUGUUUCGACUCCUCACGUGCGCGGCGAGCGUCGACGUGGCAGAUCCGACCCGGGUUUAGUUAGUGAGGAUUUUAUCAACUUAUUAUUAUUAGUUAUUUUUGCUUUUUUUUUUCUUUUUUUCUUUUGCUAAGUGUGUG